AUGACUACCAGCACUCCCUCUUUCAUCAACGGUAAGGACGGGGCUCCCACUCUGCCAGAGGUCCAACCCACAGAGAGCCAGAUAAGGCGUAUGACCAGAAUGGCUCUUCAACACGGUGCUGUCAAUUUGGCCCAGGGCUUUCCCAACGAGUCUCCCGAUUUUGCGGUCAAAGACCAAGUCGUACGAGCUGUUAUCGGUGGUAACUCCGAUAAUGCUCAAUCCUUGAAGUCUCUGGAUGUUGAGCCCCUGGUCAAGGCUGGUAGUACUACGCUGAGCUCCUUGCUCUCAGCAGUGGAGGGCUCCAUGUCGGGCAACGAUGAACUAAACCAGUAUGCUAUCCCUUAUGGCAGGACUGACCUUAGGCAAUCGAUUGCUAAGUACUACCAUCACUUUUACAAUUUCGACGUGGACCCUGAGGAGGAGCUCACCGUGUGUCUUGGGGCUACCGAGUCAAUGGCUUGCACUCUUAGGGCUAUAUGCAAACCGGGCGAAUCGAUACUUAUUUUCGAGCCCUUCCACGAGAUCUACCCCAACCAGGCCGCCGUCUACUAUCUACAUACUAAAUACUGCAGGUGGCCUCCUCCUACUUCCCCCUCCAUUCCUUCCUCUACCAUCAUUUUAGGCUCUAUGAAGGUGAGGACGACAAGUGGUAUGUGGAUUGGGAUAUGCUUGAGGCCAGGCUGCGAGAGGGCGGCGUUAGAUGUAAGGUACCCCUACUCCUCACCACCAGCAGUAGUGUCUCGAACUACUCAGCAUCGUUCUCAAUACGCCCCACAACCCUACUGGNNNNAGUCGGCCUCAGCAACAGGGUGGAGGGUAGGCUGGGUUAUCAGCCCUCGCAAGUACACUGAAAUCAUCAGAGCUGUUCACGACCAGACGGUACUACAAUCACCGUCACCUAUGCAAUAUGGCACAAUCGCCUUCACUGAGCUCAGUGAUAACUAUUUCAAGCAUUACCUUCCUGAGAAGUACCAGAGAAGGCGAGACUUAUUCGUACCAGCCCUCCGAGAACUCGGCUUCAAAGUCACUACACCUCACUCGGCAUAUUACGCGUUUGCCAAUUUUCGUGAGGUGCCCAAACUGAAGGGAAUGUCGUCUUGGGAGGCCACCGACUACCUUGUUGAGGAGGGUGGUGUUGCUGGGGUGGCCGGGGCUAACUUUUGUGAGAAGGGCUCGGGUAGAGGGGAGGAUUAUAUACGGUUCUGCUUCUGCCGAACUGAUGACGAGUUGAUGACGGCCAUUAACCGUCUUAGGAAGGCAUUGCAGUGA